GGAAAAGUGAUAAACAGCCAGAGCCAAAAUGUUUACUUUAAGACAAUCUACCCGUCAAAUUUUAGGUAAAUUCCGUGGGAAUUUAAUUAGAAGUUUUAUAACUAGAACAAAUCCAAUUAGAGGAUUGAAUACUUUCCAACUGGUUAAACCAUUGAGAUUAGCAUAUGGACCAUAUUCUCAAACUCGUUUUUACAGUGUUUUAUCAACUUCACCCCAAGCCAAAUUAUAUAAGUAUGAAGAUGUUAAAGAAUUGGCUAGUAAACCAGAAAGUCAUCCAGAUAGUUUAUUAAUUGAUGUUAGAGAACCGGUUGAAUUCCACGAUGGACACAUUCCAAACUCGUUAAACAUCCCAUUUAAAUCAUCUCCAGGAGCACUUGAAUUAUCUCCAGAAGAUUUUGAAGAAAAUUUUGGAUUUGAAAAACCAUCAAAGGAAAAAGAGUUAGUUUUCUAUUGUUUAGGAGGAGUUAGAUCUACUGCAGCCGAAGAAUUGGCCAAUACUUUUGGAUACGAAAAAAGAGGUAAUUACGUCGGAUCCUGGGAAGAUUGGGUUGCUAGAGAAAAUGCUAAAGGUGAAAAACAAGUUGAAACUGAACAACCUCAAGCCAAAUUAUAGAAUUCUACAAAUUAUUUUUUUUCUUUCAAUUGCAUAAACUCUCUUUUUAUUAUCGUUCUUGUCAUAUAGUUUAUCUUCUACAAUAAUGUUUUUUCUGCUC